AACAUCUGGCCUCCACCGGCUGCCCCCCGCGGCUCCUCCCCCUCAAACUGGAAGCGAUGUCAAAAGCGGUUCGUGAGUUCAGUCACUCGCUCAAGCCUUUGGUUACUGGGCACGCGGCAAAAACACCUUCAUUGUCUGAGUUUUCAGUUUUUUCUCGGCGCCUCAGCAAUCAAAAGCAGUCCAAAAUGAGCAACGGGAAGCAUUUGGCCACAGGAGCCCCACUGCCCACACUCCAGGACGACGGCAAGAUCAGGCUCUACUCCAUGCGCUUCUGUCCUUAUGCGCAUCGCGUCCACCUCGUCCUGGACGCCAAGGAGAUUCCGCACCACUCAAUCUACGUGAAUUUGAAAGCCAAGCCCGAGUGGCUGUACGAGCGGAGUCCCAUGGGCACAGUUCCGGCCGUGGAUCUGCCCAAUGAGAGCGGCGGUGCUAAUCUUUAUGAGUCUCUCGUCAUCUGUGACUAUCUGGACGAGAAGUUCCCCCAGCGACCUCUCUAUCCGCGCACGCCGCUGGCGAAAGCCAAGGACCGACUGUUGAUCAAGAAGUUCGACACGGUCAUAGAUGUGAUGUACAAGGUUUUCGUCGGUGAACACGUGCCGGGAACUGUGACGGAGAUCAGCAAUCGCCUGGACUUCUUCGAGAAGGAGCUGCAGACGCGCGGAACGGACUUCUUCUGUGGCAAUGCGCCAGGAAUGGUGGACUUCAUGAUCUGGCCGUGGUGCGAGAGAGCCGAUAUGUUCACCUUCUUGCUGGGCGACAAGUACGUCCUGGAUGACGACAGAUUCCCCAAACUGGUUAAAUGGCGAGGCCUGAUGAAGGAGGACAAGGCGGUCAAAGGAUUCGCCAUCAGUGGCGAGCUUCAUGCGAAAUACAUGGAAUCUCGACAGCAAGGAGUGCCUGACUACGACAUGCUCGUCAAUAUUGCUAAGAAACAGCGAACAUCCUAAUGCAAGGCGUGCUUUCAUCGCUGUUCUUAUGAUUUACACACUCUUUAAAAUACAUUUCACACGCUUGUCACGCGGGUCACGGAGUGCAUUUCCACUUAAUUUUGAUGAGAGAGAGAGAAAAAGAA